AAAAGCCAACAACACGCACGGGGGGGAGGAAACCAGACCUGCUGAAUUUCCACAAGGCAGCCGUCAUCCUUAUCCACCGAGGCGGAGGCUCUCCUGCUGCCUCCGCUCCUCGUCCGCGCCUCCCGCAUCACCUCGGAUUAAUCAUGUUUCUGUUUUAACGCUUCGCCGAGGCCGCUGACGCGCAAACAGCCGCUUUGUUGCAUCGAAUCCGCUGUGACUGGACAUGAAUUCGGCGGAACAGACGGUUACAUGGCUGAUUACGCUCGGGGUGCUGGAAUCGCCAAAGAAGACCAUCUCGGAUCCUGAAGCGUUUCUGCAGACCUCCCUCAAGGAUGGGGUGGUUUUAUGUAGACUGCUGGAGCGUCUCAGCCCGGGCUCCACGGAAAAAAUUUACCAAGAACCCAAGAACGACGGCGAGUGUUUGAGCAACAUAAAGGAGUUUCUCAAAGGCUGCGCAUCGUUCCGCGUCGAGCCGUUUGAGGCCAGUGACCUGCUAUUGGGGCUAAACUUCUCAAAGGUGCUGAGCAGUCUGGUUGCUCUGAACAAAGUGACUGCAGAUAUCGGCGUGGGAAGUGAUUCCGUGUGUGCCCGUUACUCUUCGGCCCACCGCAUUAAGUCGUUUGAGUCUCUGUCCUCCCAGGCUUCACUGAGCCGAUCCUCUAAGCUGGUGCAGAACCAGUUCCGCAGUCUGGACAUGUCAGAAAACAGUGGACAGCAGCUGCUGGUCAAAGCACGUUUCAACUUCCAGCAAACCAACGAGGAUGAGCUCACCUUUAACAAGGGUGACAUUAUCAGUGUGACUCGCCAGGAGGAGGGUGGCUGGUGGAAGGUGCUCAACGGCAAGACCGGCUGGUUUCCUAGCAACUAUGUCCGGGAAGUUAAAGGCACUGAUAAACAAGUAUCCCCUAAAUCUGGUACCCUUAAGAGUCCACCCAAAGGCUUUGACACCUCUGCAAUCAGCAAGACGUAUUACAAUUUGGUGUUGCAGAACAUCUUAGAAACAGAGACUGAAUAUUCCAAGGAACUUCAGAGCCUCCUUACAAACUACCUACGACCUCUUCAGAGCAGUGACAAACUGAGCAGCUCAGAUGUGGCUCUGAUUUUGGGGAACCUGGAAGAGAUCAGCACCUUUCAGCAGAUAAUUGUCCAGUCAUUGGAGGAUUGUACCAAGCUACCAGAGAGCCAGCAAAGAGUUGGCGGGUUAUUCCUGAACUUGGUGCCACAGGUGAAGGCUCUUUAUGUUGGUUACUGCUCCAACCACCCAUGUGCUGUUAAUGUGCUCACUCAGCACAGUGAGCCACUGGGGGAGUUUAUGGAGGGGAGGGGUGCAGUCAGUCCUGGGAUCCUCACCCUGACCACAGGCCUCAGUAAACCAUUUAUGAGACUUGACAAGUAUCCCACCUUACUGAAAGAGCUGGAGAGACACAUGGAGGAGAGUCAUCCAGACAGGGCAGACAUUCAGAAGUGCAUGGCAUCUUUCAGAAGUUUGUCUGCGCAGUGCCAGGAGGUGCGGAAACGCAAGGAGCUGGAGCUGCAAAUCCUCACAGAGUCCAUCCGGCUAUGGGAGGGGGAUGACAUCAGGACCCUGGGAUCUGUGCUCUACAUGAGCCGGCUAUAUUUCAAAUGCCUUGGGGCAACUGAAAAAAGCGAGCGUUACCUCAUGCUCUUCCCUCACGUACUCCUCAUACUAUCUGCUAGCCCCAGGAUGAGUGGCUUUAUAUUCCAGGGAAAGUUGCCGCUGGCCAGCAUGACUGUAACCAAAUUAGAAGAUUGUGAAGCUCACAAAAAUGCCUUUGAACUCACUGGAACAAUGUUUGACCGUAUUCACGUGGUGUGUAGCAACGAACAGGACCUGCAGGACUGGAUGGAACACCUGACCAGACAGAUCAAACACACUGCUGCCACAGCACCCAGCCACAAAGCACUGACCGUGCCCUGCCACACACUGCCAUCUCACCCCCUUACCCCAUCCCGGCAUGCGGAGGGACGGGGCAUGACCGUGACCCCCACGUACCAUACCCUUCCGCAUCCUUCGUCUCACGGAACUUCUCUCAGCACCAUGAUGUGGGGCCCUCUGGAACCUCCCAACACCCCCAAACCUUGGAGCCUGAGUUGCCUGCGGCCUGCACCCCCUUUACGGCCCUCUGCUGCCCUCUGCUACAAGGAGGAUCUCAGUAAAAGCCCUAAAAGUGUGAAGAAACUUCUUCCCAAACGCAAGCCUGAGAGAAAACAGUCUGAGGAAGAAUUUACUGUGAGGAAAAGUACAGCUGCUCUAGAAGAAGACGCCCAGAUCCUGAAAGUUAUUGAGGCGUACUGUACCAGCGCCAAAACCAGGCAGACUCUCAACUCCACCUGGCAGGGCACUGACCUGAUGCACAACCACGUGUUGGCUGACGUGGACCGGUCCUGUGUGGACUCGCCAGGCCGCCGUAGCAGCGUGUCACGGCCAGAAUUGACCUCUGACCUUUCGGAGGACUCUGACUAUGACUCCGUGUGGACCACCCACAGUUAUAGGAUGGGUACAGUGCCGCGGCAGCUAAAGGAAACAGGACUGCAUGUGAUCAUCUCCGGUGAGGAGAAAGUUCUACUGGAGGAUCCCAGUCGCAAUGGACAGAGUGCAGUGGAAGACAAGAGCUUGGUGGAUGUGGUGUACGCCCUGAGGGAUGAAGUUCAAGAGCUAAAACAGGACAACAAGAAGAUGAAAAGAUCGAUGGAAGAAGAGCAGAGAGCACGGAAGGAUCUCCAGAAGGUUGUGAGAAGGGUGCUGAAGAGCAUAAAUGACCCCGUGUGGGAUGAGACAAACUUGUGACGAAGUGGAGUGCCUUGGAGUCGAGGAACGAAACGUGGCUUUGCUCACACGUUGAGGUUGUGUGCGCGAUUGGGCGAGCAAGGGUGCAUCUGUGUGCGGAUGUGUUUGUUCUUACCUCCAGUCUGGGAAGAGCUGGGAAUUACUGGGAAGUGGUGUGGAACAAACUGCACAUUCUAUUCCUCAAUAACAUUCCUAAAACACCAAACGGAGAAGGUAUGGACAUCAUAAAUAUUCAGCGUGGUACCUCCAAUAUUCAUCAGUGUAUUUUAGCUGUAAUGCGGAAACCGCAAUUAGAGGACUUUGUUGACAGUCAUGGAGAGGUACACUAUCAGGUGGUACUUAGUAUGUGGCACUUUAAUCGUGUUCAUCGUCACCUAGACUGCAUGCGUGAGAACUGGAAUCUUGCCAUUAUGUAAUCUUAUUUAAUGUUUUUUAAAUUGUGGGGAUAUGUUAUCCCUGACUUCCAGCUUGGUGUCUUUCUAGCCUGUCAUAAGGCCUUUGCUAGGUAAACAAACCUUUUGCAUUAAUUUUUAACCAUUGCAUUGUUUGACCACUUUACAGUUUGACCUUCUUUCUGGCAUUCCAAAAGAAAGAUAGGGAAAAUGUAUUCUAUAAUGUAAAUACUGCUAAAAUAUGAGCCUUUGACCUUCAGGAGAAUUAAAAUUGUUUUUAGAAGGUU